AUGAAUAAGUAUAUAUGUUUCAACGAGGAGAGCUGCCUGUCGCUCAAACAGCUGGAGGGAUACCUGGUGGUCCUCCAGCCUGACGCCCCUCAGAUCUCUCUGUCUGGCGUCGGCCCUCAUCUGGCUCGUCCUGCCCCUGAGUUCGAAGGCCCCCGCGGCGUCCCACUAUUCCCCGAGCUCCGCAUCGUCUGCUCCCUGUCUCACGCUGUCAACACGGCUGCACAGGGGAUGGAGGGUGGAGCUCUGAUGUCCGACGCUGUGGCUCACACCUUGGACGGCUGUGAGGUGCAACCACUGGGGGAGGAGCUAAGCCCAGAGAGGGAGGAGCUUCUGGUGGACAUGGAUGUGGUGCGAGAGAGAGGACUGGAAAUCAUCAAUACUACUGCUUACAUUGCCAUCACAGGUGCCGAAUCCAUCUCUGUGUACGAGGACGUCCUUCGCUCUGUCCGCUACCGACUAGCCAAAGGCUCAGCUCGCUUUGAGAGGCGGUUCCGCCUGUCCUGCUCCGAGAUGAAUGGCAGAUACACCAGCAAUGAGUUGACUCUGGAGGUGAACUUCCUCCACUCUCUGGACAGUCUGUACCACCCGUCCCACCUGCUGGCCUCCCAGCAGCAGUUUCUGCAUCCAUCCCACCACGCUGGGGAGUUGAGUGGACACACCCUGCCCAAUCCACACCGCAACUCUGUUGUACCAGGAGCAGCUACCGUCAUCAUAAUGGUGUGCGUGGGUUUCCUGGUUGUCAUGGUGAUCCUGGGCGUUUUCCGAAUUCGCUCCAUCCAUCGCCGUGGUGAAGGCGCCAGGGGUGGGGCUAAGGAGGGCAGCAGCCAAUGGGACGACUCCGCCCUCACCAUCAUCGUCAACCCCAUGGAGUCCUACGAGUCUCGCAUGGGAAUCUGCGCUGACAACGAAGGGGAGGUGGAGGAGGACGAGGAGGCAGCGGAGUCACCUGACGACGCGAGCGACGACCAGCGAAUCAUCAUCAAGAAAGAGGGAAGAGACGGCACCGCCCGUCGCUACUGAGCCACAAUGUAUAUCUGCACCAGUUCUCAUGGAAAUCACAAACCGGCUCACGAGUCACACACGCCAAUACUUUUAAUAUCAACAACUGCUGACACCACUAGUAUAAGGAAUGUAUGCUUACAAACACGACGCACAACACAGUCACUGUAAUACUCUUGACACUCGACACCAUAUGUGACCUAUAGCCAACAACAGGCUGUUGUUCUUCACCUAAAUGUUCAAUGGCACAAUGUAUACAGUUAAUGUAAUUUAACCGCCUGAGCAAACCCCACCAAAUUGUACGUGGUGCACCAGUUCUGAAUCACACGAUGGUCAUGUGAUGUAUAGUGUAACACUGGCUGAAUGAGGUUUCUUUGUUUUGUUUGUUUGGAAGAAAAAAAAAGAUUGUAUUCUAUCUUUGUUAUAGAACACAGACUGAACUCUUUACAAAUCCACAACAUGCAGGCCUUGAAUAGAUCUGUAGACAAAGACACAAGCCUUGAUCCCGACACGUCUCCACGCUCCCUCGUUAGACUGACUCAAGAAGUCUGUGCACAAGCUCUUCUCUCCCUCUUUACAUCCUCUCUCGACACAUUCCUUCACCCACGGAGUGAAGACAGUGAGGUCAGACAUUACGAUCACUCUCCAACUUCAGAAAAUAUGAAAAAAUGAUAUGCUUGCAGGUAUUUUACUUUUAAUAUUGUGACUUCUUUAGUGCUCCAGGUCUCAACUACAUACUUUAUCUGGGGCUGAUCAUAAUAUUUGAGGAGUAUGAAUUAAUGAACCUUGCCCUUGGCACAAGUUGGUUCCUGCAAUAUUCCAAAAACCCUGAGUAACAUCGUCUUGGUGUUGAGUCCACGACGUCGUUGUCAGGAUGGUUUCUGGUUUUACUUUGCAAAGUUUCAACUUGUGCCACUAAAUGACUAUGGUGUAACAUGACCUCUGACCCCCGUCUCCUACUGACCACUGGAAUGUCUCUAAAUGACUCACUGCACUGUUUCACUCACUGCACACUGCUCUUUCAAUAACUGCAACACAACACGUGCAAACAUAUACACACACACACACACACACUCACACACUCCAUAAUGCUACCCCUGCUGUCUCCAGAAUGUCAGCUCAGCUUGGGCAGUUUUGAUUGUAUUGAUUGUAAUAACUUUUUCUGUACAUACAGUGAUGAAUAAUACAAUAUUAUUGUUAUUACUAUUAUUAUUGCAGCCACUCUUUCUGUUUUCCUGCACACUCCGAGAGGGAGCAGAUUAUGAUUACUUUUUUCUCUAAAGUGAUUUGUCACCUUUACAGCAUCAGAAAACCGUCUAAUAAUAAUAAUAAUAGUAGUAGUGAUAAGGAUGAAAAUCCCUGGCUUGAUGAGUGUCUCUUAAUUUGUGUGUAUAAUUGUUGUAAUUUAAGAAUUUGUCAAUAUCUGAAUCACAAAAAAAGGAGGGCACAUCGUUGUGAUACUUAAAUACGUCUUACUCAUAUUAUCUUUUCCACGGGGUGAUUUUUUCACAUCACAUUUCGAAACUUUAAAAAAAAAUUCUAUUUACUUUCCACAUCUGAUAACUUUUGAUUCAAUGAAUGAACAACUGUGUGCUUCUCCUCACCUCUCCCUCCCCCCUGUGCGUCUCUUGCUGUCUGUCUGUGUAGCCUAUCAAUGUGCAGUGCUAAACCUGUCAGUAAAUAAAGCCUGUCGUUUUUGAAUGUGAUGUUAAGAAGGAAUAAACAUUGCAUCGAUUAAUAACUUAUAUUAUUACUAUGUUACUAUUGGAACAUUACCUGUAAUUAUUGAUACAAUGAUGACAUGGAUUAUGCUGACUAAUUGUUAUUGAGAACUGUCAGAAAACAUUACAAAAUUCAUAAUAAAAACACUAUAUG